ACCUUCAUAAACGGCAUAGUGGCAUUCAAAGCGCUAGGAAGACCCUAUUUCGGCGUCCAUCAAGCGGCGAUAUUUCCCGUGUAUUUCUCGUUGCAAAGUUUCCUGCCUGUUUUGGUUGGGUUGACAUCUACGGCACGUUUACGUGAUGCUUUGAACUUGGGAUGUUGGAGGACUCUUGGGGUGGUUACGAUGACGGGGUUGAUUAAUUUGGUUAUUUUUCGGCGUUUAACGCAGGGGGCUGUUAGGGCUAGGAAUGCUCAGGAAUUGAGGGAUAGGAAGGAUCGAAGGGAGGUGCCUUCGAAGGAGUUGUUGGAGUGUACUAAGAGGUUUAUGAUUAUUCAUGGGACGUCAAUUUUUAUUAAUGUGAUUGGGUUGUUUGCGACGGUUCACUAUGGGGUUGGGCUUGGGAUGAGGUUGUCGUGA